AUGAAUAUAAACUUCUUAAAAAAGAAUCUUAUCGACCGAGUGUUUAAUGUCGGGGAAAACCCUCAGAGAGGUUAUCAUAUUGUCGAUGAUUUUCUUUGUAUACCAGUGUUAUUUUUCAACAUCGUGGGUAUAGAGCCAUAUGAAUCUGUCAAGAAACCCAGUCUGGCGUUUAAAGUAUUUUAUACGCUGAAUAUGAUAAAUAUGGCGAUAGCUUUCAUCACAGAGUUAGCCUUUAUGGUGAUCUUAUUCCGAGAUGAUGAAAAUUUCCUUGAGAGCUGCAUUGUAGUGGGCUACGUGUCUUUUGUGUUCGUCGGCGUGCUAAAGUUAUUUACUGGUUCGAUUCGAAAACAAAAGGUGACUAUCUUGGUUCGACAGUUGGAGUCCUGCUUCCCGUCAUCGAGCGAAAAGGAUCAAGAGGAGUAUGAUGUCAAGACCUACCUGAAACGAUGCAACAUUUUCACAAAAGGCUUUGGCGGUCUUCUUACAAUUAUGUGUUUUGCUCAUUUCCUUAUCCCAAUAAGUUUAUAUCUAGUUGAGACCUACGUGCUUCGAUCGCCAGAUACCAAGCAAUAUCUGCCUUUCUAUGAGCUGGCGCCUUGGGAUUGGCACGGCGGUUGGAAGUUCUAUCUGACCUACUUACAUCAGUCGAUUGCGGGUUAUACGGCUACAUGCGGAUCGAUUUCCUGUGAUAUUAUGAUCUUUGCGGUGGUUUUCCAGGUUAUCAUGCACUACGAAAGAUUGGCCAAGGUUCUAAGGGAGUAUAAGGUUCGAAAUCAUACAGAACCCAAUGGAGCCUAUCAUGAUAUGCAGGUGCUGCAGUCCUUAGUCGCCAACCAUAUUGAUAUACUCAGGCUUACCGACGUGGUAAACGACGUCUUUGGCGUUCCUUUGCUGUUAAACUUUAUGGCCUCUUCGCUUCUGGUGUGCCUAGUGGGCUUUCAGUUAACCGUCGAAUUUAGCCCUGAGUAUUUUUUCAAACAGGUGCUGCUCCUAUCCUCAGCGUUGGUGGAAAUAUAUCUACUCUGCUCCUUCAGCCAGAUGGUGAUCGAUGCGAGUGCAGAUGUCAGCUCUGCUGCCUACCAUAUGGAUUGGAUCCAACUCGAUACGAAAUGUCGAAAAAUGUUAUUAUUUAUAUGUUUGCGGGCCCAGAAGCCAGAGUGUCUAAAAGCUACCAUAGUCUUGGAUCUAUCCAUUGCGACUAUGAGUACCUUUCUUGGCAUGUCAUAUAAGUUCUUUUGCGCUAUUCAAACGAUGUAUCAGUAA